AUGGACGUCUGUAGUUCGAACGAACCUCUUUACGUACCCGUGAUGCCAUGUCGAGAAGUCGCACCACAAACCGACGUUAAUUUCAACAGCCCUGGCCAUCGCUCUUCGCAGGAUGGUUCAUUUAUACAGGACGAAGAUAUGCAGUUGAUGAUGGACUUCGACUUCAGAAACAUGGAUCCGUGCUUUGUUACCGCCCUGAGCAAGUCGUGGUUUGGGCGCAACGAGAAGUGGGCUAAGACGUUUGAUGUGAACGUCGCCGAGCUAGACUUCAACAACUGUAGCACACGAAGCAUAACCGAUGCGCUUAAGGGUCGGUAUGAGGACUUGCAAUACUCGAACGCGUUUCAAGACGGAAAACUGGACUUUGGCCGUUGUGCGAGGAAGAUGAGUCGGCGACAAGACGAACGGUCUUCUUCUAUGAGCAUACAGCCGCCUCUGCCACGUUCAUCGUCGUCGGUGACGGCGUACCCCCGCCACCAUCACCACGGCAGUUGCAGCGAUGACGUUUGUGACCGGUCGUACUGUUCGUACGGCAGGUCAUCAUCACUGGCCAACGAAAGCCUGUUCAUGAACAGCGGUUGCCUGAACAGUUCUUCGGCUAUGAAAGUGUUGGAGUCAUUUAUCGACAAGCAACCGGUGGCAUUCAUUUCCGCGGACAGCUUGGACUCGAGCGCGAUUAGGAAAGAUGAACUGUUCUUGAAUGCCGCCUGUACGACCAAGACGCAGGACUAUGUGUUGACAUUUGACCAAAGCGGCAAUUUUCCGACAUCUGAUUCAGAGGUGUCGCUUCGACAUGUUGGAGGUGGGGGAGCAGGAGGCAGCAAGGUCAGCAACGGCAUGCAGUGGAGCGAGUGCGGGCCGUGCUCGGCCAAGAAGCAGAAAGCGAACAACCUUGUUAGCUGGGAGAACCUGAAGCGCAGUUACAAGAUGAAUCAGGCGAAGUUCUACACCGGCUCAUACAAGAGCGUCAGCGUGCCGAAUAUGACCUACUCAUCGAACAACUGUUAUCGUAGAAGUGCCGCCGGUGGUUGCGGCAGAAGCCGGGAACCGGCGUUGUCACUCUGGCACAGCCAUCGCUACCAUGCGGAUUUCAGCCAUGGCAGUUGUGGUUGCGACCGAGGAAGCGUUUGCCGCACGCCGUUAUACAACCUGUCAUCAGACGUGGAAGAGAAGACACGCUUUUCGCUGCUGAAUGCUUUCAGGCAGCGCAUGUCCCCGUCAAACGACGAAGACGUGCUGCUUGCGAACGACGGCACGCAGUUCACGACCACCGCUGCUGCCGCCGCCGCCGCCGCCGCCGCCACGCAGCUGAGGUUCGGCAAUUCGGACGAAGUGUCCAGCGGCUAUCAGACGGCUGUCACGCAAUCUUCGCAACAGCCGACGUUUUUCGGGGGUCACGAUACCAGAGACUUUACGGAGAGCUUGAAUUUUUGCGAGAGAAAGCCAAAGAGCGUCGUCAUUGCCGUGAAGGACGCCAGUGCCGGCGACAACAAUCAGAAACCCGGCUACAAGCCUCGAAUGACCGCCGUCGGCGACUACAACUACUGCGAGUACUUCAUCAACGGAAGCUAUUAUGAUAUCAACCACAACGAGAUCGGAUACGUGCCGACCAGCAAAAGUGCAGUUCAGCGCGUCAAGAAGAAGGACAUCGUUGGUGGUGGUGUCGAUCGGGACUUGUUUGCCAUUAGCGGGCAGUCGAGCUUUUGCGAGGAAUUGUACUCGGCUAGGUACAAAGUUGGCGGUGCAGAUGGUGACAGCGGUGAGCCGCCAUCUAAUGGCGGUUACGUCAGGGUGACCGCCGCACAAGGAGGCAGCCGGCUGCUGCUGUCCGAGAGCUUUCGUUCGCGCGACUUUGCUACCCAAGUGCCGGUGCAUGUGUCGGAUAAGGGUGUGCAAACUACAGAUUCUCGAGGGUGCCAUGAGUUCGUACCAUAUGUGUUCACUGGUAGCGCUGCCGCCAACCGCGACAGUGUCGCCAGUUACGGUAAAAGCGCCAGCGUGAAAUCCAACGCGGGCCACCACUGCGCUGCUGCCGCCGCCGUUGCCCCAGGUGGCGUCGACCUGAGGUUCUUAAAACUGUCGUUCGGUUUGCCGCCGCUGAUGCCUACCGUCACGCCAUUUCCGUUGACUCUACUGAACGACAUUCCAGAAACGUCGUCGUCGCUCAACUCGGGCGACAGCAUGAUCACCGCCGACAAGCUCGAUCUCACACCGUCCAGCCCCUUGCUUCCUUCGCCGCCGAGCAUCGUCUAUAAGGACUCGGUGCCCUCGCGAGUUUCCAACUCCGCGGCGGCCGCACUCACCUCUGAAUACGCUUGCGCAUCGCAUAUCCAAGACUGGGACUCGCUGGCCACGCUCUUACCGGAAGACAUUCGCAUGGCCUAUUGCCGCUAUCGGAACGUCUCUGCCACCGCUGAGGGUGGUCAUUGCGGUAACCAGUCGCCGCCGUCGGACCGUUUACAGUUUUCGCGCUCGUUCGAACGUCCUCGCUGCCGGUCGUCCUCCAAGACCGCACCGCCGCCGCCGCCGCCGCCGCAGCGUCAGCCAUAUGGGCAGCGGCAGUCGACCACGUUUGCCGCCACCCGUGCUGAGCGUCGUCAGUACUGGACGGGCCACGCUCACCGUCGUGCACCGGUGUUCUCUGCGCCCCGCAGCUGCUAUACUUCCACCUGUAGGACUCCGAGCUCAAAGUACCCAUUGGACAGUGUCCGUAUGUGUUCGUACCGCGCGCGCCACGGUCAUCGCGGAGCAGCAACUUGUUUCCAUUCAAACUUUACUCCUACUUGUGUUUGUUGCCGUUGCGAUCAUGACUCGAUCGCCUCAUGCUGUUGCAGCUACUUGACGGCAGCUCACCACCAUCAGCUCCGUCGUCAUGCUUGCUGUUGCAACCUGAACGACAGCUACAACGACCACAACGACCCGUUGACCAUGUCAUCGUCUAUGAGUCCGUCUGCUCCGGUGAAUCUCAGUUCAUUGGCCGGUUCAGGCUAUAACUCCAACUGCACUUAUGCCAUGACGACUGCUUCCCAUUCCGAGCUGUUGUCAACCGGCGACGCGGUGUAUCAUCAGAAGUAUCUCCGGCGGCUGAAAAUACCGACAUCUCCGUCAACGACGAUGGACGACGGUGAGUCGCAGGCCUUGGCCACCUCAAACGCCGCCCUUCAUUCCACCAUCAAGCUUCCGGUGUUCUCGGCGUCCGAACCAGAGCCCGAGAAGUCGACGAUGUCCAGCAGCUGCCAAAGUACCACCGCCACGACACUGCUGUCGAACAACGUUCAGGCGGAAAGUCUGAACUAUGCCAAGUCACUGAUCGAUGGCAAAUUUAUGGUGUCCGAAGCGGAGAUGUCGCGCAAGAACGUGAUCGUGCAGAACUUCGUUGUCGCUUGCAAGUACUUCGUCACCUUGUCGGUGAACGGUUCAUGCGAAAAGGAAGUUCAGGAAGUUGUUCAUGAGCACAUUUGUCCGGCGUUCAUUGAACUUCUCCAGGACGGGCUUUUGCCGCCGUUUGGCGUGUGGUCGGUAAUCGUAGCCGCCACUCACCGAGGACCAGCCACUAAAUCCGUCUACGAUCUGGUUGUAGACCUGGAUAAAUCUUUCUGCAACUCCUGCGACCGAAGUCUCAAAAUUAUACUGUUUGUUCAUGGUUUGCUGAAACUUCAGAGCUUGGAUUGCUGGCUAUCGUAUUUGGUGAUGAAGGAGAAACUUAUCAAACAUCAUUAUCAACAAAACGCAUUCCUGCGAGGUGCCCUGUCGCACUACAAGUGUCAGUUCAAGAAACUCGUGUCCGCCAUCGAAUCGCUGUCGCUAGUGAAGUGUAAUUAUCUGGAGAUGUCUUCGCAAGAUGCUGACGAUCGCCUACGCAGCAGUUUUAAGUUCGAGAAGGAACUCGUAUUCGUCUUUUCGACACCGGACUGCGAUGAACUGGAACGGAAACGAUUCAAGGAUCAAGGACGGCGUUGCUAUCCGGAGUCAUUUAUUCCUGUAAAGGUGGCUAACGACUCAAGAAUACCUCGAAGCUCAAAGCCAGAAUACUUAUACGCAUCGAAACGAUCGCCUCCGCCAGAAUACGAUGCCGAACUGCUCGGAUUCACACCAGUGAAGACUGAAUUUGGAGUCCACACGCCUGAAUUAACUGCACAGAAAGAACCUAGGAAAUGUGUUACAUUACGGAUGUCGAAAAAAGAAAAAUACCGGGUCUUGCCCAUCCGCCACCCCCACUUGGUGCUGGAAGAUCUGGCUGACCUGACCAUGGACCUGAUCCAUGACCAGACUGGUAACUUCCGCGGACAUUGUAGUCUGGCCUAUCUCGACUGCCUCCCAUGUGUCGAUUACUGUUGCCGCUCGUCCCCCAUGAACUGCCACCCCGAGGCGACGGCAUGUCUCGUCCUCUUCUGGGAGAUAACAUGCGCCUGUCUUCACGAACCGUUGGACGACUCAUUUCACGCAUUCGAUAGCCCUGGUCUCGUCUUUCCGUCUCUCUUCUGGUAG